GCCAGUCAGAGGGGUUUUUUGUUCCCUUAAUGAUCUUCAUUUCUUUACAAUAUGAGGACACUCAUCUUCCUCACAGCUGUGACAGUCUGCUGGUUCAUGGUUAAAGCCAAACCUACAAUCAAAAUGCUCCCAAAAUAUGGCCGUGUGUACUGGGGGGACACUGUAAAGCUGAAAUGUAGUGUGAAGCCCACUGGUGAAUGGCUCUACAAUGAUAAACCCCACACGUCAAGCAGUCAAAUUCUGAUCCUGAAUGCUGUGUCAUCAAAAGACUCUGGAAACUAUCAGUGUAAAGCUACAGAGAAGAGUGACAUCUUCAGAAUCGAUGUUCUAGACUAUCUCCCCCCUGCAUUCCUUACGGUCGUAUCUGGGCAUGCAGUGGUCAACAAGAAUGAAUCUUCGUUACUUCAACUAUUCUCAGAUGAGGGCCUAACAAACUGGAUCUGCCGUAUUCUCCGAAAUGAUCAAGAGCAUUAUUUGAUGAUUCCAGAAGAUAUAAUGGCCGGGAAAACCAUGCAAUUUUAUGCUACAGUUGAAGGAGAGACUCCAGAGAUUGUCUGGUGCAAGAAAAAGGGAACAGAGAAUUUAAACACAAUACGCAGCAAUUCCAUCAGCCUCAGGAGCUCAGAUAUGGAGGUGUUGUUAGAGAUCCCCACUGAACCUGCCGUGCUGGGGGAACCUCUGACACUGAGGUGUGAGGUCAGAGGAGGUGCCAAAAUUGAGGCAGCGGAAUUCUUCAAGGACGACGUAAUGCUCGGACCUGCUACGGAUGGUUCUUACGAGAUCUCUGUCACUGAUGGAAGCGAUGGCUCCUACCGAUGCACAGCCUCCUACAGAUACAUUUUCAUAAAACCUCAUGGAGCCUUAAAGAAAAAUGUGCCCUCAGAUCCUCAAACAUUAAUUAUCAGAGCUCGUCCACGAACAGCCGUCAUUACUAAGGAUGCCUCAGCUCUACUGUGUACCUGUUCUGACUGUCCAAUUAAUUCAAGCUUCUAUUGGUACCAUCGGGAACCCAAUGCUAUGGACCUUACAUGGCGUGAUGAGAAGACAAGCAGACUCAUCUAUGACCAGCCUGGAAAGUAUGCCUGCCGAGCUGUCUGGGGCGAUGGCGCCUCUCGCCCCAGUAAAUUCCAAAACAUUGAGGUCCUUCCCGGUGGCAGCCCAGUAAUCUAUCUUGUGGUGGUACUCAUUAUAACAGGAUUGCUGCUUGUGGCAAUUGCAUUGGUGUGCCGUAUUAAGCGGCGCGGGCAAUCUGCCCUGCAGGGGGACGUGCCGAUGAGGAGCGUGAGGAGGAAGAAGGGUGCUGAGGACGACGAUGACACGAAGGAUGACGCUUACCAGCCCCUGAAAGGCUCAGACAAAGAUGAGUACCACACUGUGCAAGCCAGGCCGGACGACGGUGCUGAUGGAGGCUAUGAGGCUGUUGGGGGGGCCAGGACAGGGGAUGGAGGUGACGGAGGUUAUGAGGCACUUAAGGGCAAAGCGCAGGCUGAAGUCUACCACACACUGCAGGCUACUGGGAGCCAGGGUGCAGAUGGGGGGUAUGAGGCACUUAAGGGCAAAGCGCAGGCUGAAGUCUACCACAGUCUGCAGACUACUGGGAGCCAGGGUGCAGAUGGGGGUUAUGAAGCUCUGAAGGGCACUAAGCAGAAUGACACCUACGAAACCUUAAAGCCAACGGCAGGGGAUGGGGGCGACGGUGGGGAACCGGAGGAGAAAGGGUUGUACCAAAAGCUGGGGAGCGAUGGGGGGGAUGGGGGCGACGGUGGGGAACCGGAGGAGAAAGGGUUGUACCAAAAGCUGGGGAGCGAUGGGGGGGAUGGGGGCUAUGAGGAGCUGAAAAAACAGGCAGACAGGCUCUGGAGUGCUCACCAGACGAGACGGCAGAGGGCUGAGGAUGCUGGCUGA